GGGCCGGCGAGGGCAGCGGUGGCCCGGCGCGGGAUUCGCUGGCCGGGCGCCGGCGGGGACGGCAGCUCCGAGGCACGAUGCGGGCUGCGCUGCUGCUGCCGCUGCUGCUGCUCGGUGUCAGCUCUCAGGAUGCUGCAAGCCCAGCUCCUGCAGUCCCAGAAGAAAAUCGGCAGGAGGCCACUGCUGGAGACAUCAGCAAGACACAAGAGACCACCCCGACAAGCAAUCCAGGAAACCAGCCACCUGCCUCUACAGUGUCACCUACCACAGAGCAAAGGAUCGGCUCUACGGGAGCACCAGCAAACCCGUCACCCACCCCUGCAGUGUCACCCACCACUGCCCCGGGGACCAGCCCUACAAACAAGCCAGAAAACCCAACAUCCCCUCCUGCGGUGUCACCCACCACGGUUCAAAUGGUCACCACCUCAAGCAACCCUGGAAACCCACCACCUGCCCCCGUGACACCAUCCAAACCGUCUCAGCAGGUCAGUUCUUCAACGGGCUCCAGAGCACCAGCAGCCAGCACUGCUGCCAUCCCCAGCACUGCCCAGCAGACCGGCCCCAUGGCCAGCUCAGGGACCUCGGCAGCCAUCACCCCUGCGAGUCCCAUCCUCCACCAUGUGAGCAGCCCUUCAGCCACCCCAGGACAUCCAGGGACUGCUGUUGCAUCUCCUACCAGUGUGGAAGCUCAGAGAAGGCAGCCUUCAGACCAGCUGACUACCACCACCAUUGCGAGCAGCAGCGUCCCCAGGAGCAGCCUUCCCACUGAGACCAAGGACCAUGCUGUCUCUUCUUCCACCAAGCAGCCUCAUGCUUCUUCCAGUUCUCCAGCCUGGCCUCUGGCCUCUUCCACCAGACCUAGAAGCAUCGACACCUCUGUUAGCCCUUUUGAUGGAUCCGUGUCCCACACCACUAGUAAAGCAUCUCUGUCUUCACCACCCAGCAGCACCCACAAGGUCUCAGAGGCAGCCACCACUGCAGCAGACCAGAGAAGCCACGAGGUUGGAUCUGUGUCAACCAAACGCCCGAGUGCUGAGCAGAGCCCUGCCAGUGCACAGCCAUCAGCCCCAGCCCCAGGCGAGCAGACGGCGAGUCCUGGCCCCCAGCACCCCAGCGCUCCCCUCCUAAACGAGGUCAUCUGUAAAGACCAGGAGCAAAAUCAUUGGCCCACCAUAACUCUGAAGGAAGCCAGAACCUGUGCUGAAUGGAGGAGUGCCAGCAGCAACAUCUCCUUCUUUGAGAGCUUCUGCUCCACGGGGCAGCACGUGUUCAACAGCAGCAGGGAAAGGUGCACGGUGCUGCUCAGCGCCCGCCAGCCCCGCGCCCGGCACUGGGCCCUGCAGCCCGUGCUGCACCUCCCUUUGGACCCUGAAAAAGUCCUUGAAGAGCUGAAGGAGAAGGACAAGCUAGAGGAGCUCGGCAUCGCCAACAUCACCUACGACAAGCUGGAGAGGGAGAUGGUCAUCACUGACGAGUUCAGCACCCCCCUGAUCAUCACCAUCAUCACCCUGGCCGGGUCCCUGCUGCUCAUCGCCGCCAUCUACGGCUGCUGCCACCAGCGCUUCUCCCAGAAGAAGGACCAGCACAUCCACCCUGAUCUCCCCGGGUUUGAUGAUGGACAUGUGGCCCUGAUCUUUAAUCAGCGCCUGACCGAGGAGCUGCAGACGAUGGAGAACGGCUACCACGACAACCCCACGCUGGAGGUGAUGGAGACCUCCUCUGAGAUGCAGGAGAAGAAGGUGAACCUCAAUGGUGAGCUUGGGGACAGCUGGAUCGUUCCUCUUGACACCCUCAUGAAGGAGGACCUGGAGGAAGAGGAGGACACACAUUUAUAAGGAUACAGGACUUGAUCAAGCUAAAAACGACCACCAUCCCUCCCAAAAAAGCCACCAACCCCCAUAAUCCUCACACACACACACACACACACAACUCCCAAACAAGGCAAAAAUUCCCUUAAGAGGCUAAUCAUGGCCCCUCCUGCCACCAUGUGGGGUGCAGGAUGGAAGAGGAAGGGAUGUGAGAAGACACGUCUGGGGCACAUCAUCAACUCAAACCACCGUGGUGGCCACAUCCAGAGAAGCAUCCCCCCAUCACCCUUGUGGGCAAACAGGUGGGGGCUCUGCUCCCCAAGAGCUGCUGGUGUCUUCCUCCCACAGUGUCCCCUCCCAUCCUGCAUCUGACCACACCACCCUCAUCCUCCAGCUGAACCGAAAAGACAAGGAGAUCCCUGGAAACAGGAUGGGUGAGGGAGCACAUCUCCCAACAGCAAACCAGCAUGUAGAGCUAUACAAAUCCUCUGGCCCACGCUCUGCCCUUCCUGACAGGUAUUGAGCAGAAAAAGCUGCAACAGCCUGUUCCUUCUCCAUCCAGUUUCCAUCCUCUCCCCAUAAAGCGACGGCUAAAACGCACAAGAGCCCCAUGUUGUGCCCCAGGGAAACAACCAGACCCAACUGGAGAGGAGGGAUGCAGCAGUACCAAGGGAUGCUCAGCCCCAAGGGAUGCUCAGCCCCACACCAGCUGCUCCACAAAGGGCUGCAGGAUGGAUCCUGCACCCAGCUGGAGACCAGGAGAGGUGUUGGGGGUGGGGUGGGGAAGGAGUGGUUCCUUGAGCUCAUCUCUCCUAGGAAGGGUGUAACAAGACCAAGAGCGACUCCUGGUCACCAGCCCAGGCAGGAGGUCAGGGGGGGUUUGUCAGCUCAAGUGCAGACCAGCUCUGCAUUUCCUUACAGAAGUGUUGAUUGCUUUCCAGUAGCUAUGCAGCAGCAUCUCCCAGCCCACAUCCAUCCUGCCCUGAGGCUGUGGGUUCCAUGCAUCGUGGUGGUUUGUGAUUGUUGUGGUUGUGUUUUCCUGUGAGAGCAGGAGAAGAGGUGAGAGACACGGGCCAGGUAGCGUGGUGGUGGUCAGGGUUUUCCAUCGGUACAGCCCUUGGUGUUUCCCUCUCCGAGAGGUUUAUGAGCUCAGUUCACACGCUCAAGCUCUUCUUCAAAAGCCAGUAAAAUAACAGAGACCUGCAAAGAAACCUCCAGCUCAGCAGCAAAGCUGGGGCUGAGCUUUGUCCUGUAGCCCUUGGUCUCAGGUCCAGGUCUCCCUUUGCCAUAAGCCUUCAGAGGGGAAAAGAAAAACAUGGAGGAGCAGAAAGGGGCUGGACUGAAGUCGUUUCUGGUUUUCUGCACCUAAUCCCACCUUUGCUGUGGCUCUGGUGAAGCAGCUCAGCCCCAGCAGAGGCAGGGAUCAGAGCAAAACUCCAUCCUCCAGCACACAGGAAAGGGAGGAGAGGGCCAGAGUGCACUUGAGCGAGUGCAUCUCCCAGCAGAUGAUGGUGAUGAUGGUCACAAGCCCUUGGAGAGCCAGAGGAGCUGCAGACAGGAGCUGCUCUCCCCCACGUGCCACAAACCUUGCGUUGGAUGGGGUGAUGUGCUUCAGCCUUUGCCACCAGCUCAGGACGACGGGGAUCCACUCCCCAGAGCUGCUCCGAGCCGGGGGGAAAGCAGAGCUGAGCAAUGGAAAGCUCAGAGAAACCCAGGCUGAGUCAGUCUUCAUGAAGCAGGAGGGGAUCAGGGUGGUCUGCUGGGCCCCAGGACAGAUGCUGACAGAAGACAGGUGUUGUCAAAGGGAUUGCCUCUUCUCCCUUCUUGAGUUGGAAGUUUCACACCUCCGUGUUUGCGUAUGUAAAUAUUCCUGCUAUCCAUUAGCAACGUAUCCAGCACACUUCACUUACCUGUGCACUGCAAGUUUGGAGGGGGGUGGUGGGGUGGGAUGGGGAAUUAUAAACACAAAGCUGAAGGCCAGGCUGGUAGGGGAUCACAAUUCACCACCAAGCAGGAAAACACCUCCUGCCUGCCCACACAACCCUGCGCCACGGCCAGCACCGAGUUCAGCUCCGGGACCAUGCAGCAGAGCUCAAAGAACCCACCUCAGCGUUUGCCAGUGCUCUCAGGAGCACAUUUGCUUCCCAGCUGCCCCAGGAGGUGAGCAGCAGGUCGGUGGCCUCGUGUGUCCAUCCUUCACGAGGAUCACUGCGGCAGGACACGUGGUGGCAGCGGCUGGAGGGGCGUGAGGGUGCCGUCGGCAGGGCCACCCCCGAGGCGAGCUGAGGCACGUUGCCUAAAGAUCCCCCUUCCCAGCAAUGAGAUGCCAAAGUGCUUUAAUGAAUCAGGUCCAAAGACUUUUCAGGAGAACCCUACAGAGGCUUGAGAUCAAGCACCCUUAAGUGCCGUGGCGCAGAGGGCGAGCAGCGCGGGCUGCCCAGCACGUGCUCCGCGGUGCUUUCCAGCUGAACAGCAACUGUACAUUUAUUUAUUUUUCCAGACACCGUAUUUUUAAACCACUGAGAUUUUAUAGGAGAUUUUUCCUUCCCCUUAUUUAAAGAACUAUGUCCAGAACCCCAACAAACCAACCCCCAAACCAGUACCUGGGGGUGGGGUUUUUUUUACGUUGAGAGCAUUCUUUUCGGAGGACAGAUAAAGAUGAGACGGGAAAUGCAGCAGCGAGCGCCUUUGGCCUUAAUCCUUCUCUUUGUAGACUGGAGUCGUCAUUAUUAGACCAAAACCAAUGAAAGUACAAAUAUCUAAGCCAGGCAUUUCCUCCCUCCCUGCCCCUCCUCCCUUCCCCACGCUCCUCUCCCUCCCCACAGCAGCUUUAACACCCAGCAGGCUGUAGGAGGAGAGCCUCGCUCUUACCUUUCAGGGAGCAACUCGCCCAGAGACUUUUCGUUUCCAGAGUCACAAGGAACGUGUAAAUAUUUUAGGGCCAUUUAUCUCCCUUCUCACAGUGCUGGGAGCCAGCUGAUGAGGUUUGAUACUGUGACUGUUGCCUACAGGAGACAUCCCAAAGACAUCAUCCACCCGGGGCUGCGGCAGGAGAACCUCUUUGCCCGGUGGUCUCCACGUUGAAUCUUGCACAAUAUCCUGCAGCUCUUAUGUACUGUGUAGGGGACAGGAGUCUGAUUUACACUGGAAUUUACUGAGGAACUGGAUUGUAGAGAUUCUUCUUGCAUUUUCCUACAAAUAUAUUUUGAGAGCAUCAUGUAUUUCUGUCAAUAAACGUUCUUAUGUAAAA